AUGGCAUCACCCUCGCCUUCUUUCGGCUCUCGUGUUUACACGUCUAUCUCCAUUGCCCUCUUGACUGGGUGGACUCUCACAGCGUUAGGAUUUUCGGCCCUAGACCUCCUCAACCAGAGCCGCAAGUUUAUCGAGCCGAUCGCGUCGAUCAGUCUGCUCACCUUCCUUGCUUGCCGCCUGGUGGUAUUCCUGGAUCCCAGCCAAAAGGGCCCUGGUGGCGACCAAGCUUCUGAUUCUAUCGCGCAUCGCCUAACGACUGGAUACCGCCAAUCGCGUCAACAUGCACUCGCCAUGCUACUUUUUUCCGCUGCUUGGCUAUAUGAGAUUGCCUUCAAAGCUGUCAUCAUGUUCUUCAUGACCCUUUUCGGCGGAGUGAUGGCUGCAGCUAUCUACAAUGACGCAUUUCAAAGGGUCGAGGAAACCGUUGAUGAUCCAAUUGCAAGUACGAGUGCCUCUGACCUGGACGAAACUUCUCUCGCCCAAAUUGAGGAUUUUAAAGACAUGGCUGGUUUUGAUCCGGUGGCACUUUUUAAGAUGAUUCCACCACAGAUUUUGAUCUAUUGUGCUGCUCUCGCCUGGGCGAAUCUUGCCGCCUUGACGAUUUAUGUGCUCCGAAUCUGCUGGAGAUCCAUUAAAGUCGUGUUUGGGUCGGUCCCUAUUGUUGAGGCAAAGCAAUGA